AUGGAGUGGGUACUUUUGGGGCUGAGUAUGCUGGCCGUGGCAAAGGGAGGAAUCUUACCAGAUCUGAUGGAGGCCGAUGACACGAUGGCUGUAGGCUCAUACAUCAGACUAGCGAGAUCUGCCGGGCCAGAAGAUUAUCACAAGUCCUACGAGAAUGAGGGCGAUGGAGAGAUAGGAUAUUCGCGGAAGAAGACGGGGGGUGGCAAGAAAGGAUACCAGCACUUCGACUCGUAUCACAAAAAAGCGGGGGAUAAUUACGAGUUUGAGAAGCAGGACUCGUUCGGGCUGGACGAUGAAGGUCAAGCUGGGGCUCACAGCCAUCAGAACGAGAAGAAAGCCGACGCAUACAGGGAACCAGAAAGCGAUGACGAUGAACAAGCAAAGCCAAAGAAAAAGGACAACGAAGAGUUGAGAGAGGAUCGUAAUGAACCAGAUGUAGCUGGAUAUGACCGUGCUGAUUACACAUUACCGGAGAAGUACACUUAUGGCACAGGAGAAGAAUAUAACUUUAAGUAA